CGCCUUGCGGAUGCUUCUAUCCUCUGCACAGCCGGAAUAGGAGCUUUUCCUUGCGGCGAUCUCUGAGGCCUCAGUCUGUGUAGGCUCAGCCGACUAUCGCCGGGAUCAGACAUUCCUCCUUUGCCACCAGUUUGCAGGAUGGCAUGGAAGGGAAAGGAAGGGAAGGGAAAGGAAGGAUGGCUGGGACGGGCUGAUCGCCGACAAUCAGUUCUCUAGUGCCGCCUCGCGAGAGAAAGCAGGCGCCAAAUUUGGGGCGUCCCAGAUUUGGACGUGGCUUGAACGAAAAAGUCAUUCAGGAGACCUGUUUCUGAAGGCCGACAGGGUCAUAGCCCGUGAAAUAAAUGACUAAACGGGCAGAGCUCCUGAUUUAAAGUGGCCCGCGUCAGUUUAUGUCGUAACGCUGAUGAGCCAUGAGGCUGAUUAUUUAUUGCUAUUAAUUUUGUUUAAAGCGGUUUUAGAUUAUUUUUAUCUUGUAUUUUAUAUUGCAUAUUCCGAUUUGUGAGCUGCCGUGUGUUCCUAUGUUGGAGGAAAGGCAGGAUAUAAAAGCUAUGUAAUAUAAAUAAAGUGCCCAAGCUAAGAUGCUUCACCAUGCCUGCUUAAGCACAAACUGGGGUGUUUUCCUAUAUUUAACCUUUACCCUUAUGACAAACACCUGUUCUAGAAGUAUUUAAAGGUGCGGGAGUAUUUAUGGUGUACACUAACAGUCUUAAGGAAAGCCCUCCUGGAUCAGGUCAAAGGCCCAUUGAAUGCCGCAUCCUGUUCUCACAGUGACCAACCAGAUGCCUCUGGGAAACGCGAAAGCAGGACCUGAGUGCAUUGCAACACGACUCUUCCCAUUUGUGAGUCCCAGCAACAGAUGCAGCAGUAACAUCAGCACUUAUCCACCAGUAGGGACCACCCAGUAGGAUGUGAUUUUAAACUAUGAUGGCACUUUUCAGGGGACCACUGCCUUUCUACAAACUUGUGUAUGUCAGCGCUCUGAUUUCUACUGUUUGCAGUUUACUUGAAACAUCUGGGUUGUCAUUGGACCUGAAAAUGAAGGCACAGGAUUUUGAGUACAUUUUAACAUGGGAUGCUGGAAAUAAUACAGGGACACCUACAUGCUUCAAUGUGAUGUAUACGGCGAAAAGUUUGAAUUGUCUUGCAUGGCAAGCUGCGAGUGAAACACAAUCAAAGACAGCAGAGACAAGCCAGGUACAACAUAUUUCUUCCAGCAAGUCCAGGUCUCAGCAAAAUGAGGCUCCAGACUAUUCAGUUCCAGAAUCGAGGGAGCAGGCAAUCUGUCCAACUGGUGCAUGGUCCAAAACAGGCAAAAGCCGACCGAACAUGAAGAUUGUCACAGAAUGUUCCAAUAUCACACGUUCAUUCUGUAACUUGACAAAAGAAUUUACACAUUUCUGCAAGACAUAUAUAAUUUUAGUGGAGCUAGUCACAGAAAGUGAAGUACAUCAUUCAGGUUUACAGUUCCUUCCAUACCAGGACACGUGCCUAGCAACACCUCAGUUUAAUAUUUCUGCUUGCCCAAAUUGUGCAAAUGUGACAGUGAAACUUUCACCCUCGUUACUUAAAGUAUACUACGAACUUGGCUAUACAGUCACAGUGGAAACAUCAGAUCUCAAGGAAAAGUGUGUUGACAACAUAACCAGACAAGAGAGUUUCCACACCAUCAUUGGAGAUUUGAGUCCAAAUACAAAUUAUUGUAUUGCUGUUGAUGUGAAAUCAAGUGUAAAUGAACAGUGCACUCCUUCGGUCCCAAAAUGUAUUAUCAUUGGCUCCAAAAAUAAAUCAGGUCAUAUUAUAUUCUCAAUUUUGAGUGGUGUAUUUCUGUCACUGAUAGCUGGACUCGCUGUAUGUGUCCUGUAUAAAGGUGGUUUUAUUUGCUUACGAUGGGAAUGGCCAAAAGUCUUGAACUUCACACCUCAUUUAACCUAUUCAGUCUUUGAAUCAGAUCUGGAAGAAGCGCUUGAUGCCCAAGUCACCCAGGAAAUUAAAAAACAUAUAUGGGGAUAUGAUGAUGAUGAUGGUAGUGAAAGUGACCAUGAAAAUGAUGAUUUAUAUACUGGUCGUGUUUUUUUGGGCAAGAUUUCAAAAUCUUGCUCCCAAGAGGACAUCGUAGAACCACUGUCCGUAGACUGCUCAUCCACUACAAGCACAAUAGCUGAACCUCUAGGUGCUCAAACAGAGAACCUUCCACUUUUGGGUUGCUCGUGUACUACAAGCGAAAUGACUGAACCACUAGAUGCUGAGGCAGAAAACCUUCAGAAUGAUAUUAGCAAAGAAGAAAGCACAAGAAGUCAAGUAUUUUAUCUUUCUGAGGUAAACUCUAUUAAUGAACCUGAGUCGGAGCAUAGCAGCUGUUUAAAUGUAAACUUAAAUACUGUGGUGCUAGGAAUAUCUGGCAAAAGUUGGGAUGUUUCUGCAAUUCUAAACCCUUACCAAGGGGAUGCAACAGACUUGAAAGAGUCAUGUGCUUCUGAUGCAUUUAAAUCAAAACAUUUCACUGAUGUACUAGUUAUGCAGAGCUCUGAUAUUCAUAAACUCUCAAGUGCCUGGCAAAGUUCAAAUGGGUCUGCAGAAAGCGAUUCAUCUGAUUCAGAAACGGACUGCGUCAGCGAAUACAUGAGAAGAUAAAUCAAAGUUGAAUUAAUGAAGGCACAAGUUAGCAUGUUAUCUUUCUGUACAACUUAUUCCCAUGUUACUUGACUUGGUGGCAUAUAUUGUCUAAUGCUAUCAAUAUUAUACAAGCAUGCAUGAAAAUGCAACACUGUUGUGAACUCCCAUAGCAUUAAGAUACGGUUUGCUGUUCAGGAUUUUUUGGCAAGUUGCUGACUAAUCUUCCAGUAUAACUGAAACUUUACCUGUCUUGAGGUCAGAUAUCUUAGUCAGCUGAUCAUCAGAGCCACUUGAUCAUCAGGUGUUGUUAACCAUGAUGAAGCACUUUGCUGGUAAUUGAUUCAGAACCAAUCUCCUGUUCUCUGUAAUUUAUAGCCAGAAAAUUUUGGGAUCCUGAGGGUCUUAGCCCUGCAUGUAUACCUCAGUUUAUUUGGGGAACUAGAGAGUUCAAUGCCAUCACAGUUACCAUAUCUGAACUUAUACUAGGGCAUGUACUUCAGUGUUCCUCAUUUGCUAAUCUAAUUCGUACCCAUGCCUGUUUUUCUUUCUAUCAAGAUGAAGCAAUCCUCAUCCUACCUUAUAUCAUUCAUAGGCUUUAAACUGGCUCUUUAUGAUACUUUGUAUGGCAGAGACUUUGUCCAUCCCCCCGCUUGCUGUGGCGAUGUGGUCAGAGAGGAGGUAAAAAAUACACUAGUGGGUUGGAGCUCUUUUCUGCCUGUCACCUUGGAAUAGUCUUUAAUCAGUUUCUCAUUCCUGAGAAUCUGAUUGUAGCAAUUAUAUGAAAUGGGUGUUGUCAUCUUCAGUAGUCCUUCAGUUGAAAACUUUUAAAAAACAUUUAUUUUAAGACAUCUUCCUCAGCGUUCAUGUAAUCAAGAGGAGGAUACUUAAUUUUUUGUACUGUGCAAGAUCUUAUUUAACACAGAAGUAACAGUUGAUGGUUGAUAAAUUCACAGGGCAUUUGCUAUGCCAUGUUCUCAAAAACAUGUUGCACCUAUUCUAUGCAACUUAUGUUAGUUGCCAUCAUGGUUGUCAGGGCUCUAUACAUGUUUGCAUAUAAAAUGUAGUUAGCCUCUUCACCACAUGUUAAUACCUAAACCUGUACAGCUGAGGCAAAUUAGGUAACCCAGCUGCUCCUUUUUUGCUCCUCACUGCUGCACCAAGUGGAUAUAUUUAUUUCCUUGCUGUCUACACCACACAAGCCUGUAACAUCUGGGACUUACUUAUUGGGUCAGCCAACUUUCUGUACUGGGUGGUGUUAUAAGACAAUUAGGUGUGGGAUGAAUAACAAGGACUUUGAAAAAGUUAGACCAAAACAAAUUUAGAUUUUGCUAAAGGUAUUUAUAAAGCAGGUAUCUAAACAGUUGUGAAGAUGUUCUGGGUGGAGGUGGGGAGAGGCCUUAUUUUAAAUGCCUUGAACAAAAAGCCAUUAGAUGAAAUGAAAAUAACUUAGUAAAAAGCAUCUGGCUAAAUCUAACCUAGCUUAUUUGCUUGUCCAAACCAUUACAUAGCAGUAAAGCAGUUUCCUGCACUUUCAGUGUUCAGCAUCUUCUGUUCCUGGAAUCUAGAUCCACUGCAGCCCUCUGGCUUCUUUCUUUGUAUUUCAGGUCUUCUAACAGCACUCUAGUUCUGUUUGCCAGGUUUACUUGUACACAUUAUUUUUAAUGUAUCCCAACAUUUUGACCAAUGAGGGCAAUAGAGUUCUGUUUAGGUUUCUCUUUCCUAUAAUUUCUUGGGGUUCCCCCUCCCCCCAGAAUAGUCUUUAGGUUUUAUUUUCCUAUCAAAUGUCAAAUGCCUGGGCUAAACAUCUGACCCUUCUGUGAUCUUCUGAGCCCUCCUCAUCAGAACCAGCUAAAACCAGCCAUUUUCCAAUCUGAGACAGGACAUAAAAUGACAGAACAGUUCCAUUCCUUCACAGUGGGGAAGAGGAACACACUUCCUGGCAACGUGCUGUGUGAUUUCUGAACAAAUAUUCUGAGAACAAUUGCCCACUUCCCUUGGAGCAGACCUGCUGACCAAUCCUUGAAACAGCAGGUGGAAGUCCUUCCCAGGCAAUGUUUGUCCACACAUUUCAAAUAGCUGAACGAAGGAAAUAUAAUGCCAGAUGACUCCCUUACACAGUGGAAUGUCUUGCAGUUACCUUGGUAUUAUAUGUAUUUUCUCUGUUUCUUUUUUCAAACUGUAAAGAAUUUUGUAUGUGUUGAUGCACAGAACUGUACUUUACACAUGUAUUACUAAAUAGAUAUCUGAAAUUA